ACUUGAUGAUUGGUCGGCGGUAGCUGUUUUCUUUGCAAAGGAAUGUCGCUGCUGUAUCUCUGUCGGGAUGGAGGACUGACAGAUGUUUUGAGGAAAAGAUGCUGGGACUGCACGCUCCUAUCUUAAUAUAUACCCAUGAUGCUCAAAACAACAUGGUAGUAAAUUCUACUUGUGACAGGCAAAGAAAAACAUCUGGUCAACUUUAAAAGAGGCACCGCUAAAUUCAGUAAACCACUGAAGUUGGUACGAAGUGAUUUGGCAUCAUAUUUGGAUCUCAGCAUGGAUCCUUAACUUCCUUGCCCGUGAGGACACGCUGGUACACUUUUACUCGUGUUGUCUUUAAGGAGUCAUCAGCCAGAGUUCCUCUCUACUGCAGAGUGAAGCUGGUGAAGCUCAGUCAAAAUGUUCUCAGCGCUGAAGAAGCUGGUGGGCUCUGAGCCUGGCCAGCUCAAGGAGAAGAACAUUCCUGCUGGCCUGCAGUCCAUGAACCAGAGCUUGCAGAGACGCUUUGCCAAAGGGGUCCAGUAUAACAUGAAAAUAGUGAUUCGGGGAGACAGGAACACUGGAAAGAGUACUUUAUGGCAUCGACUGCAGGGCAAAAAGUUUGUGGAGGAGUAUAUACCCACUCAGGAGAUCCAAGCUACAAGCAUCCAUUGGAAUUACAAAACUACUGAUGAUGUGGUGAAGGUAGAGGUGUGGGACGUGGUGGACAAAGGCAAAGGAAAAAGGCGCGGUGACAAUUUGAAACUGGAGAACGAGCCCCAAGAGUCAGAUGAGGUGGCCCUGGAUGCAGAGUUCCUGGAUGUGUACAAGAACUGCAAUGGAGUGAUCAUGAUGUUUGACAUCACCAAGCAGUGGACUUUUAACUACAUCCUGAGGGAGCUGCCCAAAGUACCCACCCAUGUGCCAGUGUGUGUGUUGGGAAACUACAGGGACAUGGGCGAGCAUCGUGUCAUCCUCCCUGAUGAUAUAAGGGACCUAAUUGCUGGAUUGAACAGACCUAUGGGAUCAUCUUACAUCCACUAUGCCGAGUCCUCUAUGAAGAAUGGCUUUGGCUUGAAAUAUCUGCACAAGUUUUUCAACAUCCCGUUCCUUCAGCUACAGAGGGAGACCCUACUGAGGCAGCUGGAGACCAACCAGUUGGACAUGGAUGCAACACUGGAGGAGCUCUGUGUCCAGCAGGAGACUGAAGAUCAGAACUAUGAGAUUUUCCUGGAGAACUUGGAGUCUCGCAGUAAGGGCUAUGGAUCCCCUGGUCCAGCCAACGGUCAGAGUCCCUCCUCAGGCUCUCAGUCCCCCAUUGUCCCUCCCAGUGGGGCCUCCACUGGCAGCUCCAGUCCCAGCACCCCACAGCCACCAAUCCCUUCCCAGCCACUCCCACAGUCACCAUCUGUGCCCACGACCUCUCCUCCACCUCCCACAGCAGCAGCUGGCGGGGCAGCUUCACCUACUGCUGAGGUAAAAUCAUUGGCCCAGUCACCCGAACACCUUCAGUCACCAGCUGCAGGAGCGUCGGGCCCCCAGAAACGCAGCUUCAUCUCCCGCUGGUUUGGCUCAUCCCCAGCCAUCGAGACUUCUGCCUCAGGACCAGAGGAGCCUCCUACACCAGUGUGUCCUGCUAAGGUGCAGAGUGUGGAUGAUUUUGUCCCAGAUGAGAGACUGGACAAGAGUUUCUUGGAGGACAGCCUGCCCUCCAAGACCAAGGUGCCCCAACCUGCAGCAGCUCCCACUGUGGACAGUGACAGUGAUGGUGAGGAUAGAGGAAACCCCAUGGUGUCCAGUUUCCAGGAUGAGCUUGACCCUGAUGAUACUGAGCCAAGUCUUUCCAACUCUAAGACCCUCCCCCCCAUUAAAGAUAUCACUCUGAGCAGUGACGAGGAGGAGGGAAUACCAACAGCGCUUGUAAUCUCACAGGAUCAAGACCUGGAAAGUAAACCUGAGCUCAAAGCGCCUAUGAUCACAAAACCAAAGGUGGCAUCUAAAGCUCCAGAUCCCCAGGGCCAAACCACACCACCCAUCUCCCUAACUUUAACUCCUGCAGCAGAGCAGCCAGCCCGACACCAAGGCAAGAAGAAGGGAAACACGCCCAAAGCAGAGGACUCUGACACAGACCCUGAGGCUCCUGUGGCUCAGCAGAUGCUUUCAUUUGUCAUGGAUGACCCGGACUUUGACUCUGAAGCAUCAGACACACCUAAAAUUGCAAAGGAUACAUUUCCAGUCAGGGAUGAGCUUCUGUCUGACCUCUCUGAUGAUGACAUGCAGUUAGCCAAGGUGCCAGAACCCCUAAAACCCACUGUGAUCACCUUCAAACCCAAGGACGACACUGACCUGUUUGGUCUCGGGAUCCAAGAAGAGCUUCCUGCAACCAAGGAGAGCAGCGAGGAUCAGGAAGAGAAAGAAAGCAAACACUCCUCCAAGGAAAGGAAGAAAAAGAAGAAGAAGAGCAAAGAGGAGGAUGAAAAGAGCAAGAAGAAACACAAACACAAGAAAAAGGAAAAGGAUGAAGCUGCAGCACCCGAUGAGAAGGAGAAAAAGAAAAAGAAAUCCAGGACCAAGAAAACCGAAGUGGACGAGCUGGAGGACUUUCUGGGCGGCGGGGCAGCAUCGAUCAAAAGAGAUGACGGCGAUUAUGAAGAGCUAUAAGAGCUCCUGCAGAAGAGUGCCAGGGCACAGGGUUGUUGGUGGUUUGACUUGUAUGUGCAUAAAGCAGCAUAUCCAAGCCAUACACUGUAUACAAGGCUAACAGCACCCAGGUAAAAUAAGCCAGGACUCUGCUACGUUUGACCUGUAUAUUACGUUUGUUUUUUCCCAUCUGCCCCUGUGCUGUCACUUCCGUUCCAACCAAUAAGAACAGGCUGGGACACCCACACGUACUGUAGUGAGUGGUAACAGAAAUAUGAUGAUCAAGGUGGCCGCAGCUCAGCUCUUUGUACUCUGAAGCAUUUAAAUAUGUUUGAAGAAGGUUUUAUUUAACAUCAUCCACUCCACGAACCAGCUGCUGUAAAUAAGCUUAACCAUUUAGUCUGAAUGUUGGUGUGGUUGGUGUAAUAACUGAGAGCAUGCUCAGAGUGAGAAGUGACUUCUUAAAGAAUCCACAGUGUUCUUUCUCUUUGUUUCUUGGGCUUAAUGGUUAAUGGUAAUUUUAGUCUUGUGUCUAAAUAUGAACACUGAAGGAGAAUUUAGAUGAUUUAAGUGCGCCUUCCUGUUUUCUCACACUCCUAAAGUUUAUCGUCCUUGCAAAGUUGGCUGAAUCCGAAACUGGAUAUUUUUCUUUCUCAUGGCCUUCUCUGUGUUUAACUCAACAUUAGGUUCUUCUGUAAGUAACUUUCAUUGGCUCUUUGUGCUUAUGUUAUUAUUAAAUUGUUGUUAUUAAGCAAGAUCAUCUCAGUGGGAUCUGUUUGGUAGGUUUCUGGUGCCGUCUUGCUUGCAGAUUUUUCUUCUCUGAGAGUAAGAACAGCAGCGAUUGUUUUCCGGAGCUUCCUUUAACAGCAGCUUUUGCUCCUUCUCCCUGAACAGUGGGAGUAAGUUGAUGGUUAUUUUGAAAACAGGAGCACCUUCUAAUCUGUGUUCUUAGCUGUAUGUAUUUUAGAAGGAGCUGUUAACAAAGGCCUUCAAUAAGCAAAUCUCUCAACUCAGCAGCCAUCUUGAAUCGGAUCUGGGAGCUUAUUUAAAAACCACUUUGAGACUGGGGAGAGAGCCGCGACUCUGCUACUACUCACAUCUACAGCACAGCAAAUAAAGCUGUUACAAACCUCUACUGUGUCCCUGCGUCAGUGCAAUAACAUGAUUGUCUAAAGUGUUUCUCAUUUCAACUGUUGAUUGGCUCUUUAGACUUGUAAAUCUUGUACACCGUUUACAUCUUCUCCUUACUGAUCUUAUACGGACAGAAGGUCAAGCAGGGCCAGGGCUGUGGCUAAAAAAUGUCUGAAAUGGAGCAUUUAAAGCAGUCUGAAGCCUCACUGCCACUUCUGCAUACUGAUUUGAAACAUCACACUAACUGGAAGCUCCAGAAAAGUAUCUGCAAGUGACUGAUGUUAUCAAGACAUCACCACCAAACAGUAAUGCGAAGUUCCCACAGAGUUACAUCUCAAUACAUUUGAAUUACAUAUGAAUCUGCUUUGAGUCGUCCAUGACUCACAGUUUUUUUUUUUUCCACAUAAAAGCAAGCUGUGUGUGGUUCUCUGAUAGGUUAGAGGGAUUUGUGUAGUUUAGGAAGAGCCAAUGAUUAAAGUCUCACUUAAAAAAGACAAAGUGAGAAAAGAACUUGUGAGUUGGCUCGUUCUAACCUGCGUGAACUGAAGCGUAAGCUUGACCGCAGUGAAAGACGUCAAUAUUGUUUUAUCGCAGUCCAUAACGACUCUGAACCUCAUCGUAAUAACAGUUUUGCUUCAGUCACCUGCUGACGCUGCUUUGAAUAUAACAUUUUCUCCACACAUCACAAUGGCUGCUACAGGUUUUCUGUCCCACUCUCUCUGCUUCAGCCAGUGCUAAAUUCUCUUCCUGUUUUCCGAUUGCCUUAACGGAGGUUUACUACAAGGGAAUGAUGUGCAGCUGUCCUCGUGAACCAUUUCAAGUGUUCUUACUGUAAACUGUUGGCUAGCUCGGUCAGAUUAAGAAUGUUGUCCUAGCCUUUUGUUAUAGGUGGAUCUGUAUCAUCUUUAAAUUCUGUUAAAAGAUUGCAGUGACUCGGUCCUUUGCUUUGGUGUCACUCUCAGUGGAGUUUUGUUAACAUUCCCAGGACUUUUUCUUUAUUUAUUGCUUCCAUUUUGUUGUUUUCUUUGCAUGUUUUUGUGCCCAGACUUUCCUAAAAGCUCAUGCAGGGGUUUUUUUGUUUGCUUGUUUUAGUUGUUGUUUUUUGUCGAGUCACAUCUGUUGAUAUUUGUCAUCCAUUUCCUGUUAUCCAUCAUGCAGUGGUUUAAUGCCAGAGCUUCUUAAGAAACUCUGCGAUGAUAUGAACUGCUCCACCUUUCACACAUUAUUUCUUUAUUUCAGCAGCUCUUGAUGGACUCUUGAUGACAUGCAUCAUCUCCCAAUACUGAAAUGUUUCAAAGAAGUGAAGCUUCCAAGAUACAUCGCAUGUAUUCUUUUGACAGGUUUAAUAUGGUUUUCCAUCACAUAUACACACAGUUUACAAAAAGGUAAUUGUGUUAUUCCAAAGUUGAAACUAUGCAGCAUUGAUCCUGAAUACUGUAUGCUCUUCUUUUUAUUGUCUCUCGUCAUGUGAUUGAGGAUAAAUGCUGACAGCACAGUUUCAAGCAAAGCAUGAGACUUAAAAUGUACAGCAAGAAAAGAAUGUAAAAAGUGUAAAAAUAAAAAGAUAUAUUUGAAGAGCUUUGUUCCAAAAUGAAAUGUACAGCAUGUGGGAAUAAUGGCAUCUCCAUGAAAUAAAUACAGCAAAGCUCCGUUAGGGGGUUGUUGUGACUAAAGUAAUAAGAUUUCUGAAUGAAUGAUGUGCCCUUUAAAAUACUGCGUUUUUUCGUCCUAAUGGUUGUACGGCAUUUUGGAAUGAAACCCUUCAUUUGUCACCCCAUGACAUGGUCCAUCUUUACACUAUGUGUGAGUUUGCUUAUGUUUGGUUUGUCCAAUAAAUGCAAACUUAUUUCUUCAUAGAAAAAAAAAAAAAGAAAAAAGAUGUGUGUGUCUCGUCAUAUUGAAGCCCCUUGAAGCAAUUGCUGUUGUGAUUUGGAACUAUAUAAAUAAAAUGGAAUUGAAUUGAA